AUGGGUACUUCACCUCUUUAUGUUUACUCAAGCACAUUUUCUGGGAAGUUACAGAAACAUAUUAGCCAAGAUGCAAUCUUUGGUGCUUUUUCAUUUAUCUUUUGGACUCUUACUCUUAUCCCUUUGCUUAAGUAUGUCUUUGUCUUACUCAGUGCUGAUGAUAAUGGUGAAGGUGGGACCUUUGCUCUUUACUCACUGCUUUGCCGCCAUGCUAAGUUUAGUUUGCUUCCCAACCAGCAAGCAGCUGAUGAAGAGCUCACUGCCUAUAAAUAUGGUCCAUCUUCUCAGCAUGCUAGUUCCUCUCCCUUGAAGAGACUUUUGGAGAAGCAUAAAAGGUUAAGGACUGCCCUUUUAGUUGUUGUGUUGUUUGGAGCUUGCAUGGUCAUUGGUGAUGGUGUCCUUACUCCUGCUAUCUCAGGUUAA